AUGGACGACAUUGAGGCGUUGUUUGGGCGCGCAGGGGCGCGGAUUACAGGUGGCAGUGCGCGUCCCUCGUCAAAGACACACGUCCUCUUGAAUGAGGACGACAAUGUGGAAUUGCUGGAAGCCGAGCCGCGGAAGCAGGGAGGCGAUGUGCAAUCGAUCUUUUCGAUGAACGAGGACGACGUCGUGACGACAGACAUACCGGCAGGGCCUAGUCUGUCCCGAUCGCAUACGAUCAACAGCAAGGCCGAGAGCCUGUUUGAUGCCGACGACGACUGGGUGUAUACGGGCCAUGUGCAUUUGCGGCCCAUGGGCUCGAGCAAAGUCAUUCCUGCGGACGACGAGCCGGAUGCGGCAUGGGAGCCAUUGACUUCCUCCGCGUCGUCGUCGCGCGAGCGUCGCAUGCCGGCCGGCCCCACAGGCUCGCCCACGCUGCUCGAACUGCUACUUGCCGACGCCAAGUGGCAGCUAGGAUCGCUUCGGCAGCGCGUGCGGCAGCGACUGCGUGUGUUGCGUGGCGAGCCGAUGGGCGGCGCCAAGCGCACGAUCUACCUCAACCAUGCCGCUGCGAAUCACAACGACGACUACAGUCACAACCAGGUGAUGACAAACAAGUACAAUGCCGUGACGUUUGUGCCUGUGUUCCUGCUGGAACAGUUUUCCAAGUACGCCAAUUUAUUUUUCCUCUUUAUUGGGUGCUUGCAGCAGAUCCCUGGCGUGUCGCCUACGAACCGAUGGACGACUCUCGUGCCUCUGGCCAUUGUGCUGCUCAUUGCUGCGGCCAAAGAACUGUCUGAAGAUUGGCGGCGGUACACGUCGGACGUGGAAAUGAACGCGCGUCUCGUGCAGGUUCUGGACAAUGGCGCAUGGACGCAGCGGCCCUGGCGCAGUGUCCAGGUGGGCGACAUUGUCCGUGUAGAACGCGACGAAUUCUUCCCUGCCGACCUACUCUUACUUAGCAGUUCCGAGCCGGAAGGCCUGGCGUACGUCGAGACGGCGAAUCUGGAUGGCGAAACGAACCUCAAAGUGAAGCAGUCGCUUCCUGCGACCGCCUCGCUCACGUCCGCGUCCAAGCUGGCGCAGCUGCAAGGCGAAUUGGCAUGCGAGGCGCCGAACAAUUCGCUGUAUACGUUUGACGGGACAUUGACGCUGUCUCAACGUGCGCCGAUGCCUGUUGGUCCCGAUCAGCUGCUCCUACGUGGUGCCCAGCUCCGGAAUGCGCCCUGGAUUGCAGGCCUGGUCGUGUUCACAGGUUACGAUACCAAACUCUUGCAAAAUGCGACCAAGUCGCCGAUCAAACGUACCCGUGUGGAGAAGCAAGUCAACUCGUUCAUUCUUCUGCUCUUUGGGCUGCUGUUGGUGCUUUCGCUGAUUUCAUCGAUUGGCUCGCAGAUCUUUGCGGGCUCUGCGCCGUCGUACCUGAUGCCCCAGCUCGAUGGACGGUCGGGUAUGCGGCGGUAUGUCGAGUCGGUGCUUACGUACAUUAUUCUCUACAACAGCUUGAUUCCGAUCUCGCUGAUUGUCUCGAUGGAUGUGGUCAAAUUCCAACUUGCCGCGCUGAUCAAUUCCGACUUGGACAUGUACUACGAGCCCACGGACACGCCAGCGCUAUGCCGCCGAUCGAACCUGGUCGAAGACCUGGGCCAGAUUGAGUACAUCUUCUCUGACAAGACCGGUACACUCACACGCAAUGAGAUGGAGUUUAAGCAGGCCUCGAUUGCCGGUGUCGCCUGGGCGGACAAGGCCAGUGAGGCGCCUGGCGACGAGGACGAGGUGAAGUAUGCGUGGAGCGAUCUGCCGGCGGUCUUGGCACGUGGCGAUGCGUUUGCGAAGCACGUCGACGCGUUUCUAACGGAGCUGGCCGUGUGUCAUACUGUGAUCCCGGAAGAGCAGGAUGAUGGCCAAGUCGUGUUCCAAGCAUCGAGUCCCGACGAAGCCGCGCUGGUCGCGGGGGCUGAAGCGCUAGGCUACCAAUUCACGACGCGCAAACCGCGCUCGGUGUUUAUUCGCGUGCAUGGCGAGACGCGCGAGUACGAUGUACUGCAGGUGUGUGAGUUCAAUUCGACACGCAAGCGCAUGUCGACGGUCGUUCGCGAGCCUGGCGGCCGUAUUAUGCUGUACUGCAAAGGCGCCGAUACAGUGAUUCUUCCUCGUCUCGCGCCCUCACAGGCACAUGUCGACACGACGCUCUCGCACUUGGAGGCCUAUGCGGGGGAUGGGCUGCGUACGCUGUGCAUUGCAAGCCGUGAGUUGAGUGCGUCCGAGUACCAGGCCUGGUCGCAAAAGUACGAAGCUGCUGCGGCGCAGCUCGAUGGCCGGGCGGCGGCGCUGGAUGGCGUCGCAGAGGAGAUCGAGACGCAGAUGACAUUGGUCGGUGCGACGGCGAUUGAGGACAAGCUGCAGGACGGCGUGCCAGAGACCAUCGCUACCCUGCAGACGGCGGGCGUGCAUAUUUGGGUCCUGACCGGUGAUCGGCAGGAGACAGCGAUCAAUAUCGGCUACUCGUGCCGCCUCAUUUCCGAGUCGAUGGACUUGCUCAUUGUGAACGAGGCCACCGCGGCCGAUACGGCUACGGCGAUCCAGGAGCAGCUGGCUACCAUAGAGGCGCAUCCGGAGGCCGUGGACGAUUUGGCGCUCGUCGUCGAAGGGCGGAGUUUGCAGCAUGCAUUGCAGCCGCCCCUCGCGGAGCCGUUUUUGCGGCUGGCGUGCCAGUGCAAGGCUGUGAUUUGCUGCCGCGUAUCGCCGCUGCAGAAGGCGCUGGUCGUGGAGCUGGUCAAAGCGCACACGGACUCGGUCUUGCUGGCAAUUGGCGACGGCGCGAACGAUGUGGGUAUGAUCCAAGCGGCGCAUGUCGGUGUGGGCAUUAGUGGCCAUGAAGGUUUGCAAGCUGCGCGGACGGCGGACGUGGCGAUCAGUCAGUUCCGGUUCCUGCGCAAGCUGCUGCUCGUCCAUGGCAACUGGAGCUAUGCGCGUCUAAGCAAGAUGGUGCUCUACUCGUUCUACAAGACGAUGACGUUGUACGUUACGCUGUUUUGGUUCUCGUUCUACAAUGCGUUUACGGGGCAAACGGCGUACGAGUCCUGGUCGCAGUCGUUCUACAAUGUGCUUUUCACGAUGCUGCCAACGUUGGUGAUCGGUAUAUUUGACCAGUACGUGAGCGCCGUGAUGCUGGAUCGGUACCCGCAGCUGUACCGCGAGACGUUCUUCACAGGGCGUGCGAUUGCAGGGUGGGUCGCGAAUGCCGUGUACCACUCGUUUGUGAACUUCUUCUUUGUGACGUACUUCUUCUACAAUCAUACGCUCGACAGCCAAGGAUACCCUGGCUACCAGUGGCUGUGGGGCACGACGAUGUACUUUACCGUGCUGGUAACGGUGCUUGGCAAGGCGGCGUUGGUCUCGAAUUUGUGGACGCGGUAUACCCUGCUAGCGAUCCCCGGCUCGUUUGGUGUGACGCUCGUGUUCUUUGUGGUGUUUGGCACUGUUGCGCCAGCGCUCGGUGUCUCGAUGGAAUAUGCGAACAUUGUGCCGCGAUUACUGAGCCUCCCGCUGUUCUGGCUCUCGAUCAUCUUUGUGCCUGUGUUUUCGCUCCUACGUGAUCUGCUUUGGCGGUAUUACCAGCGCACAUACGAGCCCAAGUCCUAUCAUAUCGUGCAGGAGAUGCAAAAGUACAAACUACAGGACUUGCAUCCCCGCACCGAUGAAUUCCAAAAGAACAUCCGCAAAGUGCGGGCUGUCCAGCGUGUACGACGCUCGCGUGGCUACGCCUUCUCACAGACGGAAGGCGAUCAGGCCCACCUUAUUCGGCAGUACGAUACGACGCAGGCGCGGCCGUCUGGUAUGUAG